UGUACUGUGGCUUUAAGGGGCGUGGCGCUCGGGGAGAAAAGUGCGCUGUGGCUUUAAGGGGCGUGGCGCUGCAAGUCACGUGUGACAACAUGGCUGACGUGUCGACGGCGCUCGCUGUCAUUCUGCUGCUGCUGCUGGUCGCCGCACUCUGUUCGCCGUGGCCGCCUCUCCCGAUGGACCCGCGCUGCUGCGCGCUCCUCCUCCCGUUCGCGACUCUGUUUUUGUUGCUCCUGCUGGCGCGCACCUGGGGCUCGCGGCGCACCGGCGGCGCGUCGGGGAAGCGCGCGUGCGUGCUCGUGCUGGGCGACGUCGGGCGCAGUCCGCGCAUGCAGUACCACGCGGCGUCGCUCGCCAGACACGGGUACAGCGUGUCCUUCGUGGGAUACCUGGGGACGAAGCCCCACGAGGACAUCAGUGGGAAUGAGAAGAUCGAGAUCGUGCCCCUGUCAGAGGUGAAAUGGCUCUCAGCCGCCCCCCCAGUGCUCCGCUACCCCACCAAGGUGGUCUUCCAGUCGCUGCAGCUGCUCUGGGUGCUGCUGAGGAUGGAGCCCCUUUCACAUCUCCUCCUGCAGAACCCCCCGGGACUGCCGAGCAUCGCCAUUUCCUGGCUGGCGUGUGCUCUGCGGGGCAGCCGCUUCGUCAUCGACUGGCACAACUACGGCUACAGCAUCCUGGCACUGAGCCACGGCGAGAGGCACCCCAUCGUCCGGCUCGCCAAGCGGUACGAGAAGUUCUUCGGCCGCCUCUCCGGCGAGAACCUGUGCGUCACCAACGCCAUGAAGGACGACCUGAGCAGGAACUGGGGCAUCGAGGCCACGACGUUGUACGACAGGCCCCCCGCCCUGUUUCGGGAGGCCACCCCGGAGCAGCGGCACAGCCUGUUGGUGAAGAUGAGCAAAGUUCACUCGCCGUUCCGAACUUCGUGCGACGGCAGCUCGGACCGAGACGACGUGGAGCGGACCGCCUUCACGGAGCGCGACCCCUCCACUGGCCUCGUGACCCCCGUUGCCGGACGACCUGCCUUGCUGCUGAGCAGCACCAGCUGGACGGAAGACGAAGAUUUCUCGGUUCUUCUGAAGGCACUCAAGGCAUACGAGGGCUUUGUGAAGGGUGGAGCCACACUGCCAUCACUGGUCUGCGUCAUCACAGGGAAGGGGCCCCAGAAGGAGCACUACCGGCGCAUCAUCGACUCAAUGAACUUCACACACGUGCACAUCUGCACCCCGUGGCUGGAGGCUGAGGACUACCCCAUGCUGCUCGGAUCAGCCGACCUCGGCGUCUGCUUGCACAAGUCCUCCAGCGGCCUGGACCUGCCCAUGAAGGUGGUGGACAUGUUUGGCUGCUGUCUCCCCGUGUGCGCUGUGCACUUCGCGUGUCUGGACGAGCUGGUGAAACACGACGAGAACGGCCUCGUGUUCCAGGACGCGGAAGAGCUUGCCCAGCAGCUCAGGGAGCUGCUGUGGAAAUUCCCCCAGACACAGGGGAGACUUGCCCGCUUCCGGAAGACUCUGCGGGAGAGCGGGCAGCAGAGGUGGGACGAGAGCUGGGACCAGACUGUGCUCCCCCUGCUGGCCGGGGGCGGCGGUACGCAGCAGCACCUUAAGGAGGAGUGAGGGGGGCAGGAACAGUGCGUGGUAACAGCGGGGUGCCGCACUAACAUCCCUGGGAAGCGUGACGGAAACCCUGGAGGUCACGUCCUGACGCUCUCAACGGUCACUUCUGCUCAUUGCAGCAAGACCAGGCCCAGGAUUUGCACAGAAAACACACUUGAAUGUCUGCAGUGUAAAUAAAAC